CAGACUCCAUACAUACAGAGGAUAUCAUAUCAACCCCUCAGCAAAAAUGGCAAAGGCUCUUUAUCUACUGUUUUUAGCUGGAGUUGUCCUCCUAUCUGACGGUGCACCAGUUGACCAUGGUACUGCUGAGAAAAGUUGUCCCCUCGAAGUUAAAAUUCUGGAUGCAAUCAGAGGAAUUCCAGCUGCUGGAAUGGAAGUCCAUGUGUACAAGAAGGCUGCAGAUGACAGCUGGUCAGAGGUUGCCACUGGGAAAACAACAAGAGAUGGUGAAAUUCACAACCUUCUUAAUGAUGAAAAUUUCCUAGAAGGUGAAUACAAGGUGACAUUUGGUACCAAAUCAUUCUGGGAGGGAUUAAAUCUGAAUCCUUUCCAUUUAGAUCAUGAUGUGACAUUCAAGGCUCAUACCGGUGGCCAUCAACAUUAUACUAUUGCAGUUCUUCUUAGUCCCUACUCUAUCACAACCACUGCUGUUGUCAGCAGCGUACAAACGUAAAGCAGUAAUGAUCGUCCAGCAGUAAAUCAUUCUUACCACACAUGAGUAGAAUGGUUCUGGAAAAUGGAAUCUCUUUUCAUAUAUAAGAUGUGUUAGCAUUCAUUAAUAAAUGAAAGCAUUGUUAUUAACGUUCAUUAAUAAAUGACAGCAUUGUUAUUAUUGUAAAGUAAACUGUAAUAAACUUGUGUUGUGUUUAAAA